AUGAUUGGAGCGUGUGCAGUCCAGUUGCCCCUUCGUGUAAGUCGGCAGGCAUCGCAAAGCUUGCUGCACAAUACACGAACUCUCGUUCAAUCCAAUGUGUUUCGAGCAGAGGCUCUUCAGAGAAGCGGACUCCGCUGCAUGACCACAACUCGACCUUCCACAUUGGGACAGCUACCCACUGGUGGCCUCAAGAGGCUGGGUUGUCUUCGGACCACUACUUUGAUUCCACCAGCAUUCUUCAACCAACAAAGAUGGUCUGGGUCGAAAACCCCGGAGGAAAACAAAACCUCCGAAAAAACCGAGCCUCCCAAGAAAAAACCAAUCUUAGCGCGAAUUCCUCUUAAUAGCCCUCACGAGAAUAUCUACACUAUCCCUAACAUUCUCACUUUCUCCCGGCUUUUGGCUGCUCCCGUGGUUGGGUAUCUCCUGGUACACAACUACCACACAGCUGCCCUAUCCCUGUUCGCAUAUGCGGGUAUCACGGAUCUCGUUGAUGGAUACAUCGCGCGGCGUUAUAACCUCCAGACGGUCGUUGGAACGAUCAUCGAUCCCAUGGCCGAUAAGCUGUUGAUGACCAUUGGAGUCGCGUGUCUUGCUGUAAACGGGGCUCUCCCUGUGUGGUUGGCCGUCAUCAUUCUCGGUCGCGAUGUUGGCCUGGCUAUGUCUGCCAUCUACUACCGCUGGAUCUCUCUCCCGGAGCCCAAGACCAUGGCCCGGUAUUGGGAUUUCUCGCUGCCGUCGGCCGAGGUCAAGCCUACCGAGAUUUCGAAGAUCAACACUGCUCUGCAGCUUGUCCUGGUUGGUAGUGCGAUCGCAUUGCCUGUGGUACCCGAAGCGUUUGUCAGUGCCUGGCAUUUGAGCGAGGCCAUGACUGGAUUCCAGUAUCUUGUCGCAGGAACCACCCUCUGGUCUGGUCUGAGCUACGUCUUCUCCAACAACGCAGUAAAGAUCCUCUCCAAGGAAGAGAUUCAAAGGCGAAUCGCCCAAGCCGCUGGCAAGGGCAAGCAUUAG